GACUCACCACUAGACAACCCAACCGGUCACACAUAACCAUGCAGGCACCACCACACGCACAGAGACGAAGAGGAGGUCCAAGCCGACAUGUCCGUGACAGAAAGUAAGAGCGAGGUCUUCACCAUAGCCGCCGGGCCCGACACCGGAGAGGCGCACGCAGAGAAGGGUGACCUGAGGAAGCUGAAGAAGAGGAGGGCAGCCGUGUUUGAGCAGUAUGUGCAGCCGUGCGCGGCGGAGCUGCUCGGCAGCUGCCUGUUUGUGUUCGUCGGCUGCGCGUCCGUGAUGGGCAGCGCCGGGCUGGAGGGCUCCGUGCAGCCGGCCGUGGCCCACGGGCUGGCCCUCGCCGCGCUCAUCUCGGCGUUCGGGGAGAUCAGUGGAGGCCAUCUGAACCCGGCGGUGUCUCUGAGUGUCUACCUGUGCGGCGGGAUGGAGCUGGGCCUGCUGGGGCCUUAUGUCCUCGCUCAGAUGUCAGGAGGCAUGAUCGGCGCCAGCUUGGCAAAGGCUGUUUAUCCAAAGCCCCAGUUCAUCCUGUCGUCCGGAGGAGCGUUCACGGCGGUGCGGAGCAGCCACGCACUGGGAGGAGCCACGGUGGCGGAAGUGAUGAUGACGCUUUUCCUGUCCACGGUGGUCUGCAUGGCCGCCGUCAACAGCCGGACACGCUCCAAACUGGCCCCUUUCUGCAUCGGCCUCACGGUGACCGCCGGCAUACUGGCCAGCGGGCCAGUGUCUGGAGGCUGUAUGAACCCGGUCCGAGCCUUUGGCCCUGCGGUGGUGGCAAAUCACUGGGACCAUCACUGGAUCUACUGGGUGGGACCGGUGUGCGGCGCCCUGCUGGCUGUCAGCCUCAUUCGGUUGCUGUUUGGGGACCAGAAGACUCGGGUGGUGUUAAAGUAAAUUUCGUCAAACCUCCUCGUUGUUCAACAAUGGCACUUUUUCCACCUGGGCGUCAGACGGGGCAGUCCUGUGGAGACUGGAGGGGAACCGACCUUUUAAGUCACGUCCUGUGUGACAUAUAGUGUGACAUAUAGUAUGACGUAUAGUGUGACAUAUAGUGUGACAUCUAGUGUACCAUAUAGUGUGACAUCUAGUGUACCAUAUAGUGUGUUCUGAGUUUCCCCUCAUGCAUCAGAAUGUCUUUUCAGUUGAUGUUAAUGGUGUUUCAUAUUGUGAUCUUGUAGUGAAUUGUGCGACAGUGCUGUGCGGUGGGACCCUGUGGUGCACGUGGGUUGUGCAGGACCUCCGCCGGUGGUAUUUGAUAACUGAUGAUCUCCCUCGAUUAAAU